AUGAGAGCCUCUGCUGCUUCAUGGGGGAUAAGUGAUAGGCCAUGGGAUAAGGUUGGAGUAGAUUCAUUUGAAUUCAAUAAUUAUAAUUUUCUUGAUUAUUUAAGUGAUUUUUGGGAGAUUGAUAGUCUGGAAAAAGCAUCAGCUAAUUCAGUAAUUAGAACGUUGAAAGCUCAUUUUGCAAGGUAUCCUUCAAUUGUCGUAAGUGACGAUGGACCACAGUUCAGAUGUGACGAAUUUAAGGAUUUUGCUAGAAUUUAUGAUUUUAAGCAUCAAACAAGUAGCCCACAUUAUCCAGAGUCAAAUGGAAUUCAAGUUGAAAUCCAUAAUAAAAAGAAAAAGGCAAAGAAUUUGAAAAGUGCUUAUUAUUAUAACAAAAAUGCAAAUUAUCUUAAACCAUUGCAAGAAGCCAAUGUGCGUGUUGAACCAACAGUAUUAGGUGAUAAGGUCUGGAAAAGAGGUACUGUAAACAGAAAAUUAGAUGAAAAGUAUGAGGUUCAGAUAAAUGGAGGAGUAUUGAGAAGAAAUAGAGUGCAUUUACAGAUGAAUUCAGACAGACAACUACCUAGUGUCACCGAAUAA